CACUCAGCCUCUGCGCAUCAUUUAAGGAGAGCCCGGUUGUCUUCACCGCCUGGCUUCUUAGAAACACCACAGCCGCCUUAGCGUUAAUCCAGCACUUUUCCCUCCCAGUUUGUUCUUGUUUAUCUGAAGCCAGUCGUUCAACUUAAAAGCGACGCUCCAGCGUUGGAUGGAAUAUACGCUUGUGAGUGGCGCAUUUAUGCUCCCCUGACCGAGAAGAAGCGCACAGUGGAAAACGUUUUGAGGACUAAUGGAAACCAGCCGGGAUUCAUUGGCACACAGAACAUCAUGAGAAUACUACAACUACCAACAAGGGAGGACCUGGCAUGGACCGCUGUGUCUAAAUGAAGUGGUUCAGCCAUGCAAUGUUCCUGGAAGGCAGUGAUUCUGCUGGCCUUGGCCUCCAUUGCCAUCCAGUACACGGCCAUCCGAACACUCACCUCCAAGCCUUUUCAGCUGUGCCCGUUGCCCAGCCCCCAAAACUGUGGCCUGGGGGGCCAGGAGACCGAACCUCCCUUUGAGCGGGGGACAGCAGGUGGUGGAGGCUGUGAUGACUACCCUUACUUUUCCAUCAAUGCCACACGAAAAACGCACAUAUUGGUCCUGGCCACCACGCGUAGCGGAUCCUCCUUCGUUGGCCAGCUGCUCAACCAGCACCAAGAGGUUUUCUAUCUGUUUGAACCUCUUUAUCACGUUCAGACCACGCUGAUUCCACGUCUAUCACAUAGCCGCAAUGCUGCCGAUCGCCGUGUGAUGUUGGGGGCCAGUCGAGACCUUCUGCGUAGCCUGUACGGUUGUGACCUGUAUUUCUUAGAGAGCUAUAUCAAGCCAACACCUACGAACCACACCACAGACAAACUGUUCCGUCGUGGUGCCAGCCGCGCAUUGUGCCAGCAACCUGUAUGUGAUGCCUUUGGGCCUGCUGAUGUUAAUGUGGAGGAAGGGGACUGUGUUAAGAAAUGUGCAACCCUCAAUAUGACCUUAGCCACAGAGGCCUGCCGCGAGAAGCGGCAUGUCGCAAUCAAAAUUGUUCGAGUGCCGGAGAUUGGAGAUCUGCGUGCUUUGGUUGAAGAUCCACGUCUGAAUAUCAAAGUGAUUCAGCUCGUCAGAGACCCACGCGGUAUCCUGUCAUCACGGAUUGAGACAUUUAGGGAUACAUAUCGUCUGUGGCGUAUUUGGCGGGCCACAGGGAGAAGGCCCUAUAAUCUUGACUUGAGUCAGCUCACGGUUGUCUGUCAAGACUUUCUCAGCUCUGUUUCAACUGGUCUCACCCAUCCUUACUGGCUGAAAGGGAAAUACAUGUUGGUUCGAUAUGAGGAUUUAGCGAAAAAUCCUCUUCUUAAGACAAAGGAGAUCUAUGACUUUCUGGGGCUGCCUAUGGAUAAAAAUGUGGAAGACUGGAUACAUGCAAACACUCGGGGCAGCAAUGAGCCUUCAGCAAAACACAAGUUUGGUACGGUGAGGGACUCAGCAGCUAAUGCAGAGAGCUGGCGCUUAAAACUAUCUUUUGAUAUGGUGGAAUACACACAGACUGUGUGUCAAAAAGUACUUCACCAGCUUGGAUACAAGGCUGUGAAAUCAGUGGAGGAACUGAAAAAUAUGUCCCUCUCACUGGUACAGGACAAAACUUUUGUACCAUUUUUGUAACAAAGAUAGUUCUCUAAUGACUAUUUUUGAUAUAUUUAUAAUUGUUGCCUUAUAAGGUCCUUUGUUUGUUUGAUUUCUGUAUUUUUGUUUCCUCAAAUUUGCACUAAACUUUAAAGAUUUUGAAUGCACCAAGGGAAUUAUGGAUGACUCCCCAAUGUUACAAACAGCACAUUUUAAAUACAAAGUAAUCAAACAGGCUAGUUUACAAAUGUCCCAUGAUUUAGUUUUGUCCAUCAGUAGAAUCCAGACGGUACCGUCUUCAUCAGCUGUCUGUAUGCAAGUUGAUGUUGUUUUGAGAAAAGUAAGAUGUUCUUUGGCAAAAAAAGAGAGCAAGAGACAUUUUUUUAGCCCUGUAAUGGCAAAAGAUUGACUGUACAAAUCCUACUGUGCAAUAAAUGGUGAAUGUCGCAGUCAACCUUUACCACUAUGGCAUUUCUAUCCAUGAGGGAAGAGAAGAGAUACUUCUGACAGAUGCCACGCUUUCAAAGGAUAAUUGCAGACAAUUAAUAGGCUCUCAAGUUAAAGGGACCAGAAUCCCAUUGGAGGUCACGAGCGUUUCAUCAGAGGAUUUACAACCAUCUGCGAUACACAAACACACACAAAUAAAAGGUAAUGCUGAAAUCUUCAUUACUGUAAGAGAAUAUGUGCUAAUUCUCAAGAACAUUAAAAAAACGCAGACUCUAUGUAGAGACUGGAGCAUUCUUAUGAAGAACCAUUGUUUUCCCCAUUUUUAUUUAUCAAUUUAUUUAUGUUUUAAUAUGUCGAGUCAAUUGAAUCUGAAUUAUUUGCAGUGUGAAAUUUUACACAGCCUGUUCUUUCUUUAAUUAAAUUGUUUA